UUUUUCUUUUUUUUUCUUUGAAUAACAAAUUAUGAACCAAAGCAUGGAGAUUGACUUUGCCACAUACGCCCAGCUUACGGACUCGAUGAACCUGCUGCCCUCUGAGGUGUUCUACCCACCCGCACAGAUGGGCGGCAUGCCACUUGCCGGGCACUUGGAUCAAGGAAACAAUGGACCUUUUGCUCAGGGAAACGUCGCGAACUUUGGUCAGGGAAACGUCGCGAACUUUGGUCAGGGAAACGUAGGGAACUUUGGUCAGGGAAACGUCGCGAACUUUGGUCAGGGAGGCACCGUUAAUGACAGUACUUUUGGCCAUCAAAACAACAUGAAUCUCCCUCAAGAAAGUCUCAACUUUGGCCAAGGCCAUGGAAGUCCCAGACAGAUCUUCAGCAAUCCCAAUCCGAUGGGUUUCCACAACGAUCCCAAUAUUCCCGUGGGACUGGAGGACCUCUCCGACAACUUCCGUGCCAAUCCCAAUGGCCGAAUGUUCCGUCAGCCCAUAAGCCCGGAACAGUAUCGCCGAAUGGCCAUCAUGCAACAGCGGGCACGUCAAAUGUUGGCCCGCAAUGGAUUGCAUGCCCCUAAUGAUAUCCCUCGCUUUAGUGGCGGUGAUGCUGGUAUUACGUUUCCCGUUACUGAACGUCACAACCCAAAUGCUGGCCCUCGUGGUAGUCGACGUAGAACCUUUUGGUAAAGUCAUUUGACAAGAUGAUUAGCUGCUUGAUUUUAGAAUCAAAAUUAAUCAAAUCGUACAAGUUCGAAAAUAAAUUAAAUGUGCAAAGAGAUUUAAGGAAA